GUCGGGAAGUUUUCCAGAGGCGAAGAAACAACAACAUCACGAGCGACGUGAGUUCCGUGUUGACAAGUUGCGUUUGACUCAAAUAGUGCUUAGUAACCUUGAUGAGGGCAUUUUAAAUUUGUGACUACACGGCAUCACGACGGUGAAUCAUUCAUCGAGAAACGACUGAAACAAGGUUAUGCACAUUUACAAGCCCCUUUCAUGAUUUCUGGAGACAAAUAGACAUUAAGAGGAAAAACAAGAAACUUAAUGGACUAGCAGGUGCUUUCAAUACGAACCUUCUGCUUGAAGCAAAAUGGAUGAAACAGACAAUGUUCAACAGCCGGAAUCAAAGAACAUCACUGGUCUUGUAAAAGACUUUGACAGAUCAGCCUUGAAGAAGACCCAGACCAAAGUAAUGACUGUUGAAGGUGUACAGAUCAUAGAAGAAGCGUGAUGCACGAGGAAAGUUUGUGGUACACGAGGUGCGACAGCCCAAUGGCCUUCUGGGAUAUGUAGCAGACGUGCGCCAGGAUCUCCAAGUUGGAGAGGUGAUGCCAGGCCUCAUUGUUGGAUCUCAAGACGUGGCCCAUAACCUAGAUCUGUUGAAGCAGUAUAAAGUUUCCCACAUUCUUAACUGUGCCACGCUUGUUGAAAACCUGUACCCCUAUAAGUACAAAUACAAGAACAUCGAGCUGUAUGACAUCCCAGAGACCCCGAUAAUGCGACACUUCAACGAAGCGAUAGAUUUUAUUGAUGAGGGUCGUACAGCCAGUUGUGUUCUGGUGCACUGCAACGCAGGCGUGUCCCGAUCGGCUACCUUUGUAAUUGCCUACCUAAUGAACAUGCAAGGGAUAACGUUUAAAGAGGCCUUCAACUUUCUGAGAUCCAAGAGGCCAGCCACUUGCCCAAACCCAGGUUUUGUAUCCCAGCUCAAGAAGUAUGAGGAGAUUUUGAAGCAAAAGAAAGAAUGCAAGAAAGGUGGGAAGAGUCGUGCCCAUACAUCCUAGUCUGGUGGGCCCUCAUGUAUAUUUAUUUGGCAUGAAUCUUGUGAUUAUAUGAGAUUUAUAUAUUAUGCACAUAAGACUUCAGAGCAUGAUGAUUCAAGGUUAUGUCUUAUUCGGGAGUUUCUUCUAUCCUUUAUGGUACAACCAGUGCUUGUGUUUCUGUUGUACUUAUAUUCCUCAUUUGGACCCUAGGAAUGAAAUUUGAUGGGAUCCAUUUUUGUAUUGGAAUUUUCAUAACCAUCUGAUGGCUGCAUUCAGACACUAAACAUGGGAUGGGUUUUUUUGUGUUUAAUGCCAGAGUUAUUGAACCUUUUCCUGAGGAAACAGAAUCCAGGAUUGUACAAACUUGUGUGUUAAGCUAUGUCUGCAUACCUGUAUGUGCUUUCUUAUAUCUGCAUACCGGUAUGUGCUUUCCUAUGUCUACAUACUGGUAUGUGCUUUCCUAUAUCUGCAUACCUGUAUGUGCUUUCCUAUAUCUGCAUACAUGUAUGUGCUUUCCUAUAAUUGCAUACCUGUAUGGGCUUACCUGUGUCUGCUUUCCUAUAUCUGCAUACCAGUAUGUGCUUUCCUAUAUCUGCAUACCAGUAUGUGCUUUCCUAUAAUUGCAUACCUGUAUGGGCUUACCUAUAUCUGCAUAAUCUGUAAACCUGUAUCUGCUUAUCUGAAAAAAGUGCUUACACAUAUCUGCUUUCAUCUAUCUGUAUACCUAUAUAUGUGCUUGCAUGUACAUGCUUACAUAUGUAUGUCCUUACCUGUAUGUACAUGCUUACCUAUGUAUGUGCUUACCUGUAUGUACAUGCUUACCUAUGUAUGUGCUUACCUGUAUGUACAUGCUUACCUAUGUAUGUGCUUACCUGUAUGUGCAUGCUUACCU